CGCACCCGCCCAGCCGCGGGGCCGCCUCCGGCAUGCGGAGCUGCAAGAUGGUGCGGGUGGCCAGCGUGCUGGGGCUCGUCAUGCUCAGCGUGGCGCUGCUCAUCCUGUCCCUCAUCAGCUACGUCUCGCUCAAGAAGGACAACAUCUUCGGGGCGCCCCGCGCCGCCGGGCCCCGCAUGUACAUGUUCCACGCGGGAUUCCGGUCUCAGUUCGCACUGAAGUUCCUGGACCCCUCGUUCGUGCCCCUCACCAACUCCCUGGGACAAGAGCUGCAGGACAAGCCCUCCAAGUGGGUGUUCAACCGGAGCGCCUUUGCCCACCAGAGGCAAGAAAUCCUUCAGCAUGUUGACGUCAUCAAAAACUUUUCUCUGAUCAAGAGCAGCGUUCGGAUCGGGCAGCUGAUGCACUACGAUUACUCCAGCCAUAAGUAUGUGUUUGCCAUCAGCAAUAACUUCAGGUCUCUGCUGCCUGACGUGUCUCCCAUCAUGAACAAGCACUACAACAUCUGUGCCGUGGUCGGCAACAGCGGGAUCCUGACCGGGAGCCAGUGCGGGCAGGAAAUUGAUAAAUCGGAUUUUGUCUUCCGCUGCAACUUUGCUCCGACCGAGGCUUUCCAGAAAGAUGUUGGAAGGAAAACCAACCUUACCACCUUCAACCCCAGCAUCCUGGAGAAGUAUUACAACAACCUCUUGACCAUUCAGGAUCGCAACAACUUCUUUCUAAGUUUGAAAAAGCUGGACGGGGCCAUCCUUUGGAUCCCCGCUUUUUUCUUCCACACCUCGGCGACAGUCACAAGAACACUGGUUGACUUCUUUGUUGAGCACAGAGGGCAGCUAAAGGUCCAGCUGGCUUGGCCAGGAAAUAUCAUGCAGCACGUUAACAGGUACUGGCGGAACAAGCACCUGUCCCCGAAGCGGCUGAGCACAGGUAUCCUCAUGUACACCCUGGCCUCGGCCAUCUGUGACGAGAUCCACCUGUAUGGAUUCUGGCCCUUCGCCUUCGACCCCAACACGCGGGAGGACCUCCCGUACCACUACUACGACAAGAAGGGAACCAAGUUCACCACCAAGUGGCAGGAGUCCCACCAGCUGCCUGCAGAGUUCCAGCUGCUCUACAGGAUGCACGGUGAAGGACUGGCCAAACUCACCUUGUCGCAUUGUGCCUAAGAACCUAAAUCUUGAAGUGCCAAACAAUUGUCUAAAAAAGUGCCCAAAACCAAAUUAAACAUUCUUCAGAUAGAAUUCUAAAAAGGAAACAAACCCACACUAGAAUCUUUUCCAUAAUUUAAAGAUGCUUUUUAGCUACUGCUCAUCCAAGGUUUCAGCAUAUUUAGUGGUGCAGAAGCUUUUAUCAUGUUCUGUGGAUGCGAUUUGUGCAGCUGCAAAGUUGAAACAUUUUGCAUUUCUAGAUAAGCCACUCAGUAUGUUUUAAUAUCUGUUCAUAUUUUAGCAUUCUACUAAAUACCCUAAAUAAUUUUAUUGUUCCUUGCCAUUAGAGCUAGAAAUGCUACUUUUAAAAGGUUUUGCUUCUUUUGUAUCUGUUGCUGUCAAUAGCUCAGCGUUGCCGUGGCCGAUGGAGGAAGCCACUCGGAGUUCCAGCACAUUGUCACGCGCAAGCUCCUCAGUGUGGAUCCUGAUUUCCACCACUUGGGUAUUUUCCUAUUUACUGAAUUUUACAUUUUUUAAAGAAUAACAAGAAGAAGGUCACAAAGUGGCUCAUACCUUAGCUAGGUGUUUAUAUCACUCUUGGAAUACUUCAGUGUUUUAAUUCCUUUUCGGGACAGAUCCUAGUCCAGACUAGACAGAUGGAGGCAUGUCCAUUCCCAUCCAGCUGAUGCUAUUCUGUCAUUUGAUUUUAAACUUAAACCACCACAAUAUACAGAAUUAUGCUUAUCUGGAGACCUAUUUGGUGAGAAAAGCCCCAAACCUCAUCCCUCUGCUUGGGCAGGGACUGGCAGGAUGGGCAAAAAUGGAAGCCAGGUGCUGGGAUUUUUAAAACCGGUUUUUGUAGGGAAGUGAGCAGAGCUGGAGCGCAGGGAAGAGGCAAUGCCAUGACCAAAUUUCCCCAUUUAUGUCUGUAACUUACCAGUCAGCCAGCUGGAGCAGCGUCCCCCUUUCCCCAUCACCAGCAGCACUCCGAGGCAGACAGGGCAGCUGCUUCCUUGGCACCACAGGAAAUCCAUCUGUUUGGGGACAGGACAAACAAUAGAGUCACUUACAGUUGGGGGGUGUUGGCCAUUACGUGUCAGGAUAAAGGAGCCUGGGAAAUAACUGGGUUUCUUAUGAAUAUUCUGGCAAGUAUUUAACCAUUUUUUACUGUUCUGAGUGAGAACUGACCCCACAAUGACAGAAGAUGCACAAUCCAGUAUUUUAAAUGGCACAAGUUAAUUUUCCUUAGCUUCUUUACCUGUGUUCAGACAUAGGAGAUGAGGAAGGAGAUCUCCAGCACAGCACCCAAGCUGAGCAGCCCAGGCAUGUCCUGGUGCCCACUGCAGCCAGGAUGGGUCUCCCCAACACCCCUGGGUGGAGAAGGAGCUGGUGGCUUUCUCCUUCAUUGGAAAUACCCCACAUUUCCCAGCUCAUGGAGCCACAGUGGGGCAGUGGUGAUGUCCCUCCAGUGCCAGCAAGGGCUGUGGGGUCACUGCCUCUGGGAGUGGUGGGGCUGGCAGUGACCAGGCACCACUGCAGGGACACUUCUCCAUGUGCUGGAGCACACAGAUGGUUUUGGCCCAAGCCAGAAAUUGCACAGGGAAAGAAGAGCUCUGCUCUGGUCGUUACUGAAGCGCAGGAAUGAAUAAUUUCUGCUAUUGUUUCCUAUGGAGCUGUACAACAGCCGUGCUGGUCGCUGAGGCCCAUGGUAAAGCAGUGCCCAGCAACUCCAAUCCUAAAGGCAAAGAGCCCACGGGGCAGAAGGGUCACCCCAAACCCUGAGGGACCCUUCUUGGCCUCUCUAAAUGCCAGGUAUUUUUAUCAAGAGGCCUUUUACCAGUUUCCUGUGGGGACCCAUCACUUCUCCUCAGCAAAUUAAAGAAAUGAGAGCUAUUAUCAUUAUACUGGCAUGAAAGCGGGGAGCAGUGUGCUCCAUACACUUCUGGAACCUCCCAUGGUCCUGGAGAGGGGCAGAACCCCCUGCCAGUCCUGGCGUCACCACCAGAACUUUCCAAAAGCACAAAGAGGCACCAAAUGCAAAGAAGGAAGCACAAAACUGACUGCAAAUAUUUGGAAAUGGGAAUACAGAAAAAUUAUUGACAGAAUGCCAUAUUACAUCAUUGAUUUUUAAGCAAAACUCCCCAUCGAUGCUCCAGACCCACAUUGAACAUUUCAGAAUCAUUGAUUUUAAUGGGGACUUCUGCCCCGUGAUCGAUGGCACAGCACAGCCCAAAGUAAAUUGCUUCUUAGUAUCAAUAUUCUUUUGCCCAAGCUUGUGCAAGGUGGAAAACCAUCUCAAAGUGCACAGCUUUUGUUCUGCCAGGUGGGCUCUGAGGGAGAGGUGAGGAUGGCAGGGGAUGGACAAGACAGUGGCUGAGGAGGAGAGGCUCUUUGGGACUGCCUCUCUCCAGCACAAAUGCCUUUGCAUUAAUAAAAAAGCAUCUUUAUUAUUUAUUGAAUAGUUAUUGACAAGGUGCUGGGGGCUGCCCUCCUCGCUCAGGACAGCCAGUGGCCCCUGCAAGUGGCAUCACCUUCCCUCUCUUUGGCCCCAAACCUUCCUGCAUGAAUUGCUGAUGGUUCAGGGAGAACUCUCCUUCCCAUGACUGAAUGUCUAGACAAGCCAACAGAGCUAAUGCAGCGUGAUCAAUACCUGUAAGUACAAAACAUUUGAGGCUCCAAAAUCCAGACAAGUCCUCCUGAGCAGCUCCCUCUGUUGGGAGACCCUGCUUGGCCCUGGGCUGCCAGGACAGUGUCCAGUGGCAGCCACAUUCCUCUCCAGCUCCUUUGCCAAGGGGCUGGGGGUGUACAUAGGACUGGGAAUACAUGUUUCCUCUCUUCUUUCAUACAUCUUGGCUCUCUAUUUUUGUUGCUUGCAUCUCCUUGGUGAAUGGUAGCAAGGCAGAUGAAAACAGGCAUUUAGCUACCAGGUUUAGUUGUAACACUAAGCCAAAAAGCAAGAGAUUGUGAAACAGAGCUAACUGUGAAUGGAGGCUGCAAAAACAGGGCAAAUAGGAAAAAGCAGGUUUUCUGUAAAUGAAUGUGUCUUUAUUUCAAUGGCUCUACAGUUCAAUGCCUGACGGAGUUGUUUUCGAUAAAAAAUAUAAACAUAAAAAAAAAAGAAAAAAAUGCCAUAAUUGUAAUAAAGGUUUCAUUAGUAAGGGCCAUACUAAAAGCAUCGUUUAUUUUUCAAUGGCUGAUGUUCAUAAAGGGCCAGGGCACCUUUCAGGCGAGUGGUGGGAAGGACGCUGCAAGCGGAUCUGCUCCAGCCCCAUGACCACGGAGAGCCUUGGGACAGGGGCUGAGGGCUGGCACCAGGCUGUGUGUGUCCCCAGCCCAGGCUGGAGCACAGCACUUGGUGCCCUGGCUCCCCUCGGCACGAGCAUCGGGGCUCGGGAGCUCUCAGUGUGAUUCCGUGGUGAGAUGUGCCUGCAGCAUUGACUCAUGUGCCAUAACCUGAUAUUGAAUGCAUUGUUUUUAAAUAAAAUGGUUUCUUGUGCAUUGGGAGUCUGUAAAA